AUGGGAAAACAGAACAGCAAACUACGUCCUGAGGUCAUGCAAGAUUUGCUAGAAAGUACAGACUUUACAGAACAUGAGAUCCAAGAGUGGUACAAAGGCUUCUUGAGAGACUGUCCAAGUGGACAUUUAUCUAUGGAGGAGUUUAAGAAAAUAUAUGGGAACUUUUUUCCUUAUGGGGACGCUUCUAAAUUUGCGGAACAUGUAUUCCGCACUUUCGAUGCUAACGGCGAUGGAACAAUAGACUUUAGAGAAUUUAUCAUAGCCUUGAGUGUAACAUCUAGAGGUAAACUGGAGCAAAAGCUGAAGUGGGCAUUCAGCAUGUAUGAUCUGGAUGGAAAUGGAUACAUCAGUAAGUCAGAAAUGCUGGAGAUAGUGCAGGCAAUCUAUAAGAUGGUUUCUUCGGUAAUGAAGAUGCCAGAAGAUGAGUCAACACCAGAGAAAAGGACAGAGAAAAUCUUCCGUCAGAUGGACACCAAUCGAGAUGGCAAACUCUCUCUGGAAGAGUUCAUCCGAGGAGCCAAGAGUGAUCCAUCCAUAGUCCGUCUCCUUCAGUGUGAUCCUAGCAGUGCAGGGCAAUUCUAA